CUCGGAAACACCUGUCGUCUGGAUUCAACGCUGCUUCUUGUAAACUACAUAUUAUUAUUCUUGGUGUUUCUCUUUCUAUUUACAUGCAAUUCAUGUCCAGAAGUGGACUGCAGCAUUGUCCUUGUUACCCUGUGUCCGUUUUCAAGCCUGCACCUUCCUGAGACCCCUGACCACAAUCUUUAUCGUCCGCUUUGAGACAGCCUUAUGCUACAUGGCAAGCGCAACCAACCAGGCCACUUCUUGAUUCAUCCAACUGCAAACCUCUCUCUUGGACUUUCGUCGCCGCCGCAGCCUGACAACUUUGAUUCUUGAACUCUCGAUCCAGUGAAAUUCUGCCACCAUGGCGACAGGCUCAGGGCGAUAUCUUCGUUACAUUCUCUUCGCCUUCUUUGGCAUUACAAUCCUCUACUUCAUCUCAACCUCGUCGUUACCUUCCUAUACUCAACCUUUGACCGAAGCCGCCGGGAAACUCUCCUGGGACGACCUCAGCAAACUACAUCCUCAUCCACCGCCGCCACCACCGCCACCUGCUCCUCCCUCAUCUGAAGAGAAACCAAAAACCGACUUUGAUUCCAUCGCCGACGCCUUCCACAAUGACCCCUUGAGGCCCAAGGUGUCCAACUCUGACGGCAAUUCCCGUCUCGACAUUACCCCUGUGCCCAGCACCCAAUUGUCCCCAGCGGCUCCGGGCGAACGAGUCAAUGCCACCUUCGUGACCUUGGCCAGGAAUACGGAUCUCUGGGAGAUUGCCCGCUCUAUCCGGCAGGUGGAGGACAGAUUCAACAGAAACUACAAUUAUGACUGGGUCUUUUUGAACGAUAAACCGUUUGAUGAGACGUUCAUCAAGGUCACCACUUCUCUAGUUUCUGGGAAGACCCACUAUGGCCAGAUCCCUACCGAGCACUGGUCUUUCCCCUCGUGGAUUGACCAGAAAAAGGCAGAGCAAGUCCGAGAGGAUAUGCGCAGAAGGAAGAUCAUAUAUGGCGAUUCAGUCAGCUACAGACACAUGUGUCGAUUCGAGUCGGGCUUCUUUUUCCGACAUCCCUUACUGCAUCAGUUUGAAUACUACUGGCGCGUCGAACCCAGUGUCGAACUAUUCUGCGACAUCCACUACGAUCCGUUCAAGUUCAUGAAGGACAACGGCAAAAAGUACAGCUUCGUUCUGAGUCUGUAUGAAUACGUCGAGACCAUCCCCACCUUGUGGGAAAGCACAAAGAAAUUCAUCAAAGCCCAUCCUGAGCAUAUCCAUCCCGACAACUCUAUGGCCUUUUUGAGUGACGACGGGGGUGACACAUACAACAAAUGCCAUUUUUGGUCCAACUUUGAAAUUGGCAACCUCGAUUGGCUCCGGUCUCAACCUUACCUGGAUUUCUUCGAAUCACUCGACAAAGAUGGCGGCUUCUUCUACGAAAGAUGGGGCGAUGCGCCUGUUCAUUCAAUUGCCGCCAGUCUUCUCCUUCCAAAGGAUCAGAUUCACUUUUUCAACGACAUUGCGUAUUAUCAUGUCCCAUUUACCCAUUGCCCUACUGGUGAGGAUCUCCGACUGAAAUUACGGUGUCAUUGCAACCCAUCGGACAAUUUCGACUGGAAAGGUUAUAGUUGUACAUCACGAUACUAUGACCUGAACAAGAUGAGAAAACCGGCGGGAUGGGAAGGUCAAGUAUGACUAGCCGAGCAGCCAAGGGAGUCAUUUUUGAGCAAGGUUGGCUUGGACUGGGGUUGGGAGAUUUGGAAGUACUCCUGCCUCUCGUUUGGCAUCUCUUGUUCGAUCCUGUUCAUUUUAAUGAAGAUCCCAAGAACAAGGCGCAAAAUUCUGGACUAUGCCGAGCGACUUGCUCAGUGGCACGAAAAAGGUACCACCGGAAAGGUCGAUAGACGGGAUUGAUUGGAAAUGUUCCGUCUUCCACAUCUCGUCAGGCAUGGAACAAGCAAGGCACCAUCUGGCUGUCUUGGCUGCGGCAUCCAUAUAUCGAGGGGCAAAUACAUGCCCGAUGACAAUGACAUGACGAAUGUCACUCAAACUAAGCCUUUGCAGACAGUUUGAAGUAUCAUGGGAGAGCUGUACAACAUCAGCGUAGACAUCUGGGGCGGAGGAAUGGGUGGAAAUGGAUGCCCCAACGUGUGAGCACUAAAAGGAGUCGAAACGUGGAUUACGUGUGCCAGAGGCAUUUUAUCUCGAAAUGUUUGGUUGGGUUCGAGGAAGCGAGCAUAGAACGCUCGACAGCUUAGAUUUAAGCUACGACAAUAUUUGUACAAACAAACAGCUGCAUAGUCUGCUUUCAACA